UUGAUCAUUAAUGAGCCAAAUUCGAACCUGUUUGCCUGGUAAACAGAACUGUAAGAACUAAGAACCCUAGCCAUCUCAGGUAAUCAGGUCAUGCUGCUGCAAGCUCUCAUCGUCCUAACACACAUAAAUGGCUCAUUACCUGCCCAAUUAAUGAAUUACGACCUAAACUGGUGCAAGUGCAACACCACAAACCCUCUGCAAAGAAUUUCAUCACCCCAACGCCUCCCUCUCUCUUCUCUUUCUGUGUUCCAAUUUUCAACCUCUUCCACCAUCUGUUCUCCGCGAUCCAACACGCUUAGUGGUUGGGUAAAAAGUUCCACUUGGCUUCCUGUCGUCCCAUUUCAUCCCAGGUCUUCCAUCUUCCAAGGUACGACUUUUGAUCUCCGAAAGGUGCUCGCUUUCGCUGGACACAAGUGUUUUUAAUCCACCGACUCCUUUCCUCCAUUGAAACCUUCCUUCUCGCCGGCUCUUUCCGCCGAAUCCUUCACCCCUCGCGCCGUUCCUCCGUCGCCUGAUCGGAAAUCACUAAAUGUUUCGUUUCUACACCGCUUUAUCCAUCAAACAUGUGCCGAAUCCCCAUCAUAGCUUGCUUUUAUAGGAAGCUCUGAACUUCUAAUCAACAAACAUAGAAUAGAAGAUGCGUGCGGCUGGAUUUGAAUCCCAGAAGUAAUUGACAGAAGAAGGAUGGUCAAGCCGUCUCCUUUCUUCCUAAUCCUCCUUGGAUUUGGGUUCUUCUUCGCCACUUAUAAUCUUGUCACUCUAGUAAUCCACAACCAGAAUACUGAUUUGGCCGCAGAGCUGGGCGACGCCUUGUCCUUUUCACGGCGAUCUGAUCCCGUGUCUCAGAGACUCAAUGAAUCGAAGGAAUCUGAGGGGCAGAGAAGGCGAUUUCAUGUGGCUCUCACUGCCACCGAUUCUCCUUACAGUAAGUGGCAGUGCCGGAUAAUGUACUACUGGUACAAGAAGAUGAAGGAUUUGGAAGGUUCGGAGAUGGGAAGUUUCACAAGGGUGUUGCAUUCAGGGAGUCCGGAUAAUUUGAUGGAAGAGAUCCCUACUUUUGUGGUUGAUCCCCUCCCAGCUGGUGUGGAUCAGGGUUAUGUUGUGUUAAACAGACCAUGGGCAUUCAUUCAAUGGCUCGAGAAGGCGAAGAUCAAGGAAGAAUACAUACUAAUGGCAGAACCAGACCAUAUUUUUGUUAAACCUUUGCCAAAUUUGUCCCGCGGAGACCAACCAGCAGCAUUUCCAUUUUUCUAUAUUAAACCUUCAGAGAAUGAGAAAAUAAUAAGGAAGUUCUACCCUGAAGAGAAAGGUCCUGUCACAGAUAUUGACCCCAUUGGAAAUUCUCCUGUUAUCAUAAAGAAGUCCCAACUGGAACAAAUUGCUCCCACCUGGAUGAACAUCUCCUUGAGAAUGAAAGAAGAUCCAGAAUCUGACAAAGCUUUUGGAUGGGUGCUUGAAAUGUAUGCUUAUGCUAUUGCAAGCGCAUUUCAUGGAGUAAGACACAUUCUUCAUAAAAAUUUCAUGAUACAGCCUCCUUGGGACUUAAAAACAACAAAUUCAUUUAUUAUCCACUACACUUAUGGCUGUGACUACUCAUUGAAGGGCGAGCUGACUUAUGGAAGGAUUGGGGAAUGGCGCUUUGACAAGAGAUCAUAUAUUCGAGGUCCGCCGCCGAGAAACCUUCCCUUGCCCCCACCUAGAGUUCCUGAAAGUGUGGUAACCCUUGUGAAAAUGGUGAAUGAAGCUACUGCUAACAUUCCUGAUUGGGAAGAGGGAAGGUAGAUGAGCGGUAGACUCUGCAAGGAGUGCAGAUACACCGAUCAAUUGAUCUAACAUUUUCUUGCAAAAAAAAAA